UGCGUCAUUUUUCAUUUGUGCAAAACAAACAAGGUUUAUGAACGUUCUCCGACCAAACCUCGCCUGAAAAUCACCAGUUCCGGAGCGUCCGAAGUUCGUGGGCCAGUCACUUUCAGAGUUCCACUCAUCGCCAAAUCCUCUCUUUCUUGUACCCCUUUUCUCCUUCUCGGCUUCAGGUGCGAGACUGCAGAAUUUCGGGGAUUGGAACGGUAAUUUCACCCCCUCUCUUCUUUGUCAAGGGCCUUUCGCAGUUGCUUGCUGGAGGGUGUGCGGGUCGCUUUCGGAUGGCGUCUUCGACUUGAAUCGGACUCAGCGGCCAAAAUGAGUAAAGCUUGAAUCGGACCUUGUCGAAAUCCUCGACACCCCAUUUCUUUUGCGCACCUCCCCAGGAAGGGCAAGGUUUUUGGAAAUAGCUGGAAGAAAGCAAGAUGUCAAAUGAUGGACGAAUCUUGCAGCAGAGAAGAGAACCACCCAAAAGUCCUUGCCAGACGGAGAUCGAACUGGAUAGGUUCAGUAGCUUGCCAGGACAUAUUAUAGAUCAAAUCUUGUCUCAGUUGUCAAUAAGGGAUGCCGUAAGAACAAGUGUUCUGUCAACAAAAUGGCGGUUCAAGUGGGCCACACUUCCAAAUCUUGUAUUUGACAACCAUUGUAUUUCACUUACUUCCCAAGACCAGGCAGUCAUCAAGAGUAAGCUCGUGAGCAUUAUUGACCAUGUUCUCUUACUUCAUACUGGUCCUGUGUACAAAUUUAGGCUUUCUCAUCGAGAGCUUGUUGGUGUCACUGAUAUCGACCGGUGGAUUCUCCAUCUGUCAAGGAGCCUUAUCAGAGAAUUUGUUCUUGAAAUAUGGAAGGGCCAAAGAUACAAGCUGCAUUCUUGUUUGUUUUCAUGCCAGAACUUGACACACUUGGAGCUGUUCAAUUGUUUGGUCAGACCUCCAUCAACGUUCCAUGGCUUUAAUAAUUUAAAGAGCCUUGACCUGCAACACAUUACAAUGGGGCAAGAUGUGUUUGAACAUCUCAUAACAAGCUGUCCUCUUCUCGAAAGACUGACGUUGAUGAACUUUGAUGGUUUCUCACAUCUUAACAUUGAUGCACCAGGCCUUUUGUUCUUUGACAUUGGAGGUGUUUUUGAUGAUGUAAGUUUUAAAAAUACGUUCCAGUUAGCUCUAGUUUCCAUUGGCUUGUAUGCCAAAGAUAAGAUCAGCAAACGGCCUGGUUGUAGCAGCAAUUUGCUCAAGUUCUUUGCUCAUUUGCCCCAUAUUCGAAGACUUGAGAUACAGAGUUACUUUUUGAAGUAUUUGGCUGUUGGGGAUGUGCCAUCAAAGUUGCCUAGCCCAUGUGUUGAUCUCGGUUACCUUUCCUUGCGCAUAAACUUUGAUGACUGGGAAGAGAAUAAAGCUGCUUUAUGCCUAUUAAGAAGCUCCCCAAAUUUACAAGAACUUGAGAUAUUGGCUCGGCCCGAAGAAGUUCCUACAGAGAGUUUUGUUAGCUUUUGGGAAGGCGAGCAUUGGAGUUGCAUGUUUGACCAACUGCGGCUGGUGAAAGUUUCUGGAAUAUCUGGAACAAGGCUUGAGCUGGGUUUCAUAAGCUUCCUGCUUUUGGCUUCUCCUGCACUUGAGAGGAUGACCUUGAAGCCUGCUUCAGCCAAUGGACAAUUGCUGAUGUUGAAAGAGUUGCUGCGGUUUCGGCGAGCAUCCGUCCGCGCAGAAAUUGUCUAUUUGGAUCCAUGACAUCUUGGGAUUCCGCAGCUGCAUCCUCUGGCAAGUACUUUGGUUAGCAAAGUGACUCACCGUGUCAACACAUGGAUUCUCAUGGUUUUUUGAGCAUUUUUGUUUGGAGAGUUCACUUGAUUCAAUGUGUGCUUGAGCACUAAACUGCAUGUAUUGAGAUCAGUGGAAUUGGCCAUGAUAUUGUGGACUA